CUCCUGCUCCGUCUCAUCUCCAUCUUCCCUCGUCUUCUCUCAUCAUCCUCUCUUUAUUCCUGAGUACAACAGAAGACGUUAACUGCUGUGAGUUGAUUGACAAGUGCUUUCAAAAUGUCUGCUGAGGCCGCUGCUGAAGUUCCCAAGCCUGUCGCCGAGACGGCUGAGGUCGAACCAACCACCACUGCCGCCGAGGCAAAGCCUGUCGAACAACCUGCGGAGACAUCGGCGGAGACACCGGCGGAGGCUGCAUCAGACAAAAAGGACGAAGCUGCUGAGGCGCCUCCUGCCCCCCCUAAAGAUGACAAACCAGAUACCGAGAACAAACCGGAAGCUCCAGCCAAGCCAGAGUAUCUGACUAAGAUCGCCGGUCUCGAGCAGUUCUUCACCAGCCUCCCCUCCAUCCUCGAGAAGACUGGCCACCCAGAAAUGUGGGGUGUGACAUUGAAGGACUCUGAUGACAUUCCUACGGUGAACGUUCUGAUUAAAUUCCUCCGUGCCAACGAAGGUAACGUCAAGCUGGCCGAGGAGCAGCUCACCAAAGCUCUCACAUGGAGAAAGGAAUUGAAGCCCCUGGAACUGGCCGACAGCGCUAGCUUUAGUGCGAAGAAAUUCGCUGGACUUGGCUAUAUUACCUCCUAUGUUGAUCCUAGUUUCGGAAAGACCGUCUUCACCUGGAACAUCUACGGCGCUGUUAAGAAUGCUAGUGCCACAUUUGGUGAUGUUGACGAGUUCAUUCGCUGGAGAACUGCAUUGAUGGAAAAGGGCGUUUUGGAACUUGGCUUGGCUGACGCCACCGAGGUGGUUGAAUACGAUGGCGAGGAUCGCUAUCAGAUGAACCAAGUCCACGACUACCGUGGCUUGUCGUUCCUCCGCUUGGACCCCAAUGUUAGGGCUGCCACCAAGAAAACAAUUGACGUCUUCAGCACUGCCUACCCAGAAUUGCUACGGGAGAAAUACUUUGUCAACGUUCCAGCUAUUAUGGGAUGGGUAUAUGGUGCGAUCAAGGUGUUCCUGAGCAAGAACACUGUUCGCAAAUUCCACCCUAUCUCCAACGGUGCCAACCUUGGCCGUGAAUUCUCCUUUGUCGAAGACCUUCCCAAGUCAUACGGAGGCAAGGGUGCCGAACUCGCGGACUCUGCACGCACCAUUCCCCUAGUGGAUGACAUCCCAGCUGGUGAGCCCGAGAAGGCUGGUACUGAGGCUGCUCAGAAAGAAGCCGGCAAGGAGGCUGCCACAGAAGCUCCAGCUACUCCCCUGGCCGCAGAGGUUGCCCCUGAAGUACCUGCUAAGGAAGAGCCUGCACCGGCUGCUCCUGAGACCGCUGAGCCCGCCAAAGACGAGUCCGCCAAGGUCGAAGCUGCCCCUGCCGAGGCAACCCCAGCUGCUGAGGAGACCAAAUAAACGGCUCAAAGAUUCCUACUGGCCUAUAUUGAGAUACCCGAUCCUGUGCAUGCUUGAAUUGAUCGAUGUAAUAGGUGUGUUUUCUGCCAGAUUUGGCACAGCGUUCGUAUGAUGGAGGCGGUUGUAGUAGUGUAUUUAUUGUCUUGAUUGCUUGAUUAGGUGGAAACGAGGACUGGUCUCGUAAUUGCCUCCCAAGUGUGACCAGUUGAUUUGAUACCCAGUUGCAGCGUUAUUGGGAUUCCACAUUUCGCAUUAGUUCAGUAUAGAAAACUCGAUUGAGCAUGUACAUUCAAA